UCCCCUCGCCCUCACUGGGCUCUUGGCGGCAUUGAGCCAGCGGCUCCUCCUGCCCAUCCUGGGCCCUGUGGAGGCCCCUGCCCCAGUUCCCCUCCUGCCUCUGGGCUGCUCCUUCCUGGUCACACCCUCAGCUCCUCCCUUCACGAGCGCUGUGGCUUGGUGUGCAGCUGCCUCCAUGCCUUCUCACCUCUGCCAGCACCCCCUCUCAGCUGCUGCCUGGUCAGCUUCCUUCUCCCCACCGCACACGGCAGGUGGGAAGGCCACUCACCCACAGCACCCACCUGGGCCUCAACACUGCUUGCAGCCACCCACCUUCCACCCCACUGGCAACCAGGCCCUGCCUGCCUGUUCUGCUUUGCCUUCCAGCAGGCUGUUUGUGACCACCACAGGCCCGCCCAAGCCAGACUCAAUGCUCAGUGUCCAGUCCUCCCCCAGCCACCUGGGGCAACAGCCUGGGCCCUUGCCAGCCUGGGUCCCAGCCCCACCACCCAAGCUUUAGGGUCAGAGCAUGCCUUGAGUGAUUCUGCCAUUGUUCUCCCCAUCCGUAACAGGAACCCCACACCGAGAGCUGCUCAAGAUUAAAUUAGGCAGCAGUGCCAGAUGCAGAGCGAGAGUUGUCUUAAUGUGGCCACUGUAUCCUCCUCCUCUUCUUCCCUGACCACUCCGUGUUCACAAGCUCAGUGCUUGCAGACAACACCGAGGGCAGAGCCUUUCCAGUGGAGAGGAAUGGACUGGAUGGCGCCAGCUGGGCCUGCUUCUCGCCCUCCACUUCAGCUUGUGCCUCCUUUGGCCCCAAAAUUAUAAGUACAGACUACAAGGAAAUAAGAGAGAGACAGAACAGGAUCCACCCAAAGGUCACGGUUUUAGUCCGUUUCUGCUGCUAGAACAAGAUACCCAACACUGGGCAAUUUAUAAACAGAAUCAAUAUAUGGCUCACCAUUACGGAGACUGGCAAUCCAGGAUCAAGACUCUAGCAGGUUUCACGCCUGAGAAGGGUCGGCCUGUCUGAGACAGCACCUUGAACGCUGCUUCCCCUGGAGGCCACGAACGCUGUGUCCCCGUGGUGGAUGGGAUGUGAGGGUAAAAAGGACCCUGCUAGUUUUCUUGAGCCUUUUUAUGAGGCACUGAUCCAUUUCUGAGAGCAGAGUCUCGUGGCCUAAUCACCUCCUGAUACCAUCGCACUGGGUCUUAAGUUUCAACAUAGGAAUUGGGGCGGGGGGGACACGUACAUUUAAAUCAUAGCAACAAUCAUUACAUUAUUAGUUACUAUAACAAUUCAAAAUACCUGGAAUUAUCAGUCAUUGCAGAUUUUUAUGCAUCAGAAUAAAUGCCUAAAAAUGCACAAAAUGCAAUACUGUGGGGAAUCUGCUCCCUUUUAUGCAGACUUCAAUAUAUUAACAUAGAAAAAUAUUUCAUAUAUAAUAGUAAGCAAGAAAAACAAACAUGGUUGGUUAUGAUUUUUGCUAAAAAGAUAUAAAAACACAGGCCUACUAGACAAAAGUCUGAAUAGGCAGAUCUCAAGAUAACACAUAUCAACUGUGGUCCUUCUGGGUAAUGAUCAGUGACAGGUUUUUCUUUUGCAUGUGCACAUACUCUGUUUUUUUCUGUAUGAACCUCCGAUACUCAUUAUUUUAGCUUCUUUAAUAAGCAAUCGGCUGACUUUGCUUGGUCAGUAAGACAUGCAGGACUCCACACUCUGUCUCUGUGCCUUGUCUGGCAUCAGAAAGCUGCAAGCACAUUGCCUGGGCCCCAGCAGGAGCCAGCUCAGCCUGUCCCCGAUGAAACUGGGCCCUCUUCACAGCCCAGUGGCUUCUCUUUGCAUUCACGUUUCACCUCUGCCCAUUGUGUGUGCUUUUCCCAUUACUGCCCCUGAGUCUUGUGUAACGUGGGAUCAAGGUAAGAAGCUUGUAACAGAACAGAGGGUGACUUUCUCCUCUGUUCUGUGGCAGAAGUGCCCAGUUUGAUGGGUGGAGCAGUGUGCAUCCUGCACCUCCUCUCUUGGCCCCGAGUGCCUGGGCUGUGGGAUCCUGGGCUAGGCCUUUCCACCCCACCUGCCCGGGGCACAGCUGGCAUCAGAACCACAUUUGAGGCUGCAGCUCGUCCACUCAGCUUUGCAUGGGUCUUGCUUGUGGGGCAGACCUAGAACAUCUCAGUCACAACAAAGAAGUAAACAGGGAAAGGAGGGAAUUUCCAGUUUAUGCUGUUUCAGGUACCUCCUCCUGGUGAGGAAUAGCCUCAUCCUAAAGUUCAUGAGGACCUGCAAGAGCGUCGCCAGCCAAGCCCAGGUCAGCCCCGCUGUCCGGGUAGGGACCUGCUUUAUGCCUACGCCGCCCAUGGCAGACCGGCGGCAGCAGCAGCAAAAGCUCGUGUCUUAGGAGCUGUGUUGGGAUUAAUGCUGGGCCCUGGGGUUUCUGCCCCCACCCACCCCUUCCUAUUCCAGGGGCUUAGCUGCUGCGGCCGUGUGUCCUGCAGGCUCGCCGGGCUGUUGAGUUGCCCCUGUUGGGGGAAGGGGGUAUUGAAAUGACAGCGCAUGAGUGCUGGGUACACCCUCCAAGGGCAUGAGGGGAGCUGGGCAAAAAGUGGGUCACAUGUGCCUGGCCCAUGUCACGCGGCUCCCGCCCGAGGCCAAUGGGGUGGGCAGCCUCCCUCGGUGGAGAGCGAAGCACCACUCUCAUUUUUCUCCGUUAGCGUCUCAUCUUGUCUAAACGGGGAGAGUGGCCAUCUGUCCGAUACCCGCAUCAAACCUGAUCCUUCCCAGCCUCACAGAGCUGCUUUGUUCCGAGGUGACACCUUCUGGGCCCCAUCUGUCCUUCCUCACAGCACCCUCAGCACCUUAAGCCACCACCCUCAGCCACAAUUUGGCAGAAGGAUGGAGUCCAAGGUCUCAGAAGGUGGCCUGAACGUGACCCUCACCAUCCGCCUGCUGAUGCAUGGAAAGGAAGUUGGAAGCAUCAUCGGGAAGAAAGGAGAAACUGUGAAGAAGAUGCGUGAGGAGAGUGGUGCAAGGAUAAACAUCUCAGAGGGAAACUGCCCAGAGAGGAUCGUGACCAUCACAGGCCCCACAGACGCCAUCUUCAAGGCCUUUGCCAUGAUCGCAUACAAGUUUGAGGAGGAUAUCAUCAACUCCAUGAGCAACAGCCCUGCCACCAGCAAGCCCCCAGUGACGCUGAGGCUGGUGGUGCCUGCCAGCCAGUGCGGGUCCCUGAUCGGCAAAGGCGGCUCCAAGAUCAAGGAGAUCAGGGAGUCCACAGGUGCCCAGGUGCAGGUGGCCGGGGACAUGCUGCCCAACUCCACAGAGCGAGCAGUGACCAUCUCGGGGACCCCAGACGCCAUCAUCCAGUGUGUCAAGCAGAUCUGUGUGGUCAUGCUGGAGUCCCCACCGAAAGGUGCCACCAUUCCCUACCGCCCAAAGCCCGCCUCCACCCCUGUCAUUUUUGCAGGUGGUCAGGUAAGAGCCGAUCCGCUCGCGGCCUCCACUGCCAACCUCAGCCUUUUACUGCAGCACCCGCCGCUGCCCGCCUACACAAUCCAGGGACAGUAUGCCAUCCCCCACCCAGAUGUGAGUCUUCACUUUGUCUUCCUCUCACCUUUCUCUUCUCAUGGUUGUUUACCUACCUGCAUGCUGCUGUUAAUUGCUACUAACAUUAAUAUUACACUAUAAUAUUAAUCAACUUCUCAGCGUUCCUGACCUGUGUCGUAUCCAUAUGACCUCAAAUAACCUUUUAACCUCUUAGCACUAAUUCUGCUUGUGUUGAGGACUUGGCCUGAUGUCAAAUUGUCUCAAUUCUGCCGCAGUCCUGGGUUUUCCUCCCUCCCACGGGGCCUGGGAGGGAACUGAGACGGGCUCUGUCCCCGUGCAGGGCAGCGAGAAUGUGCUCACCCGCCACAGGCAGGCGUCAGUGAUGCUUUCUGUGCACCUAAGAAGUUGGAUGACAUUAUCAAACAGGCCACAAAGAUACCUUGGCAAGCACAUUUGAGGGCCUGGUGAAAUUAACUCCCCCCUUUCAGAGUCCACAUGGAAACGUAGGGUCCAUCUACACACAGAGAUCCAGGCUGUGGAAAGCCAGUGGAACAGGCCUUUGUUUUCAUUCCAGAGUCAGUGGGAUGCCAGGCGGGCAUCAGCGUCCUUGGCUCCCAGGCCAUGUGGAGCUGGGUCCCGUGCAGCUCCAUGACCGGUGGCUCUGACACCUCACUCCUGCUCCUGCUGGGUCUAGGUGUAAUUCCAGUGCU